UUCCUUCAUCCACGACAAACUGCACAACGUUUUAUUCUCCUUCUCACACGGAAAUUAGUUUGGCGCAGUUGCAGUUCUCGUUUACGGCGGUUUUUCUUUUUCUCACACACACAGGUAACGCGAGCCAAUAAGCGUUCGCGAAUGGUGCUCACUGCUCAAACAAGCGCGAGCUCAUGGAAAAAGAGGCGGGAACCUCGCGCACCUUCAGACAGAGGACGCGGAGCGCGAGCACGCUCAUUCACAUCUCUCGGGCUCACUCACACAGUCACACAGUCACAACAGCUUCACGGGCUCAAACCGACGGCUUGCAGAAGGGGCAGGUGGACGUCUGCGCAGACUACCACCUCCGCUUGGCGGUCUGAAAGCACCUCGGUGGAAAUUUAGCCACUUCUCACAGCCCGUCCGUAAUCUCGGUAUCAUUUGUCACAAAUACAUGCCGUUCAAGUGCUCGUAGUAAACAGUUCCUCGAGAUGGAAAACGCCCACACUAAAUCUACAUCAGAAGUUUUAGCAAACUUCGGUGUGAACGAAAACACUGGACUCACGCUGGAACAAGUGAAAAAUAAUUUUGAAAAAUAUGGACCUAACGAGCUCCCAGCCGAAGAAGGUAAAUCACUGUGGGAGUUGGUGGUGGAGCAGUUUGAGGACCUCCUGGUGAGGAUUCUGCUGCUGGCAGCCUGCGUGUCUUUUGUGUUGGCACUGUUUGAGGAUGGGGAGGAGUCGACCACAGCUUUCGUGGAGCCUAUUGUCAUCCUGCUCAUUCUGGUGGCCAACGCAGUCAUUGGAGUCUGGCAGGAGCGGAAUGCAGAGAGCGCCAUCGAGGCUCUGAAGGAGUACGAGCCAGAGAUGGGCAAAGUUUACCGCAUGAACCGCACGGCCAUCCAGAGGAUCAAAGCUCGAGACAUUGUGCCUGGAGAUAUCGUGGAGGUUUCUGUUGGGGAUAAAGUGCCAGCAGAUAUUAGGGUCACAUCAAUCAAAUCCACCACCCUAAGAGUGGACCAGUCCAUUCUCACAGGUGAAUCUGUGUCUAUUAUCAAACACACUGAUCCUGUGCCAGAUCCUCGAGCUGUCAAUCAAGACAAAAAGAACAUGCUGUUUUCUGGCACAAACAUCGCUGCGGGUCGGGCUAUCGGUGUUGUCAUCUCCACCGGUGUUUCCACUGAAAUCGGUAAGAUCCGUAACCAGAUGGCAUCAACUGAGCAAGAGAAAACUCCGCUGCAGCAGAAGCUAGAUGAGUUCGGUCAACAGCUCUCGAAGGUCAUCUCCCUCGUCUGCAUCGCCGUUUGGGUCAUUAACAUUGGCCAUUUCGCCGACCCAGUCCAUGGCGGCUCAUGGAUCCGAGGUGCCAUCUACUACUUCAAGAUAGCUGUGGCCUUGGCAGUGGCUGCUAUUCCAGAGGGUCUUCCAGCUGUCAUCACCACCUGCCUGGCACUGGGAACCCGUCGUAUGGCCAAGAAAAACGCUAUUGUUCGUUCACUGCCCUCGGUGGAGACGCUGGGAUGCACCUCCGUUAUCUGCUCAGACAAGACUGGGACCUUGACGACCAACCAGAUGUCUGUCUGCAGGAUGUUUGUGGUUAAUAAGGCUGAUGACACCAGCUGCUCUCUGCAUGAGUUCACCAUCACCGGCUCAACCUAUGCUCCGGAGGGACAAGUGCUGAAAGCCGACAAGCCUGUCCAGUGUGGAGAUUAUGAUGGUCUAGUGGAACUGGCUACUGUCUGCUCCCUGUGCAACGACUCUUCACUGGACUAUAAUGAGGCUAAAGGAGUGUACGAGAAAGUGGGUGAGGCCACGGAAACUGCACUCACAACACUGGUUGAGAAGAUGAACGUGUUUAAAACGGAUCUCUCUGGACUGAGCAAAGUGGACCGAGCUGGAGCUUGUAACUUGAUUAUCAGAAAACUCAUGCAGAAAAAAUUCACACUGGAGUUUUCCAGAGACAGGAAGUCCAUGUCUGUGUACUGCACUCCCAAUGGCUCAAACUCUCAGAGCAAGAUGUUUGUCAAGGGUGCACCAGAGAGCGUGAUCGACCGUUGUCAAUUUGUGCGUGUUGGUAAAGACCGUGUCCCAUUGACCAUGACUGUGAAGGAGGAGCUGAUGAGCACUAUUAGAGACUGGGGGUCAGGCAGAGACACACUGCGCUGCUUGGCUUUGGCCACACGAGACGCUCCUCCUCCUGAUGACAAAAUGGACCUGGAAAACUCAGUCAAGUUCUCAGAGUAUGAGUCAAAUCUCACCUUCGUUGGCUGUGUGGGGAUGUUGGAUCCGCCCAGAAAGGAGGUGAUUGGUGCAGUGAAGCUGUGCAGUAAGGCCGGUAUACGUGUCAUCAUGAUCACCGGGGACAACAAGGGCACCGCCGUGGCCAUUUGCAAACGCAUCGGCAUUUUCAAAGAGGAUGAAGAUGUGGAAGGAAGGGCCUACACGGGUAGAGAGUUCGAUGACCUGACUCCAGAAGCCCAGCGAGAGGCUGUGAAAAGGGCACGGUGCUUCGCCCGUGUCGAGCCUGCACACAAGACAAAGAUUGUUGCUUAUCUACAGUCCUUUGAUGAGAUCACAGCCAUGACUGGAGAUGGCGUGAAUGAUGCCCCUGCCUUAAAAAAGGCGGAAAUUGGCAUCGCCAUGGGCUCAGGCACCGCUGUAGCCAAGUCAGCCUCCGAGAUGGUGCUCUCUGAUGAUAACUUCUCCACCAUCGUGGCCGCAGUGGAGGAGGGACGAGCCAUCUACAACAACAUGAAGCAGUUUAUCCGUUACCUCAUCUCCUCCAACGUGGGAGAAGUGGUGUGUAUUUUCCUGACAGCCAUCCUUGGCCUGCCUGAGGCUUUGAUCCCUGUCCAGCUGUUGUGGGUGAACCUGGUAACGGAUGGUCUGCCGGCCACUGCCCUGGGCUUCAAUCCCCCUGACCUGGACAUCAUGGACAAGCCCCCCCGAAAUCCUAAGGAGUCUCUUAUCUCCGGCUGGCUCUUCUUCAGAUACCUGGCCAUCGGAGGAUAUGUGGGUCUAGGUACUGUCAGUGCUGCUACCUGGUGGUAUUUGUAUGAUGAGGAGGGGCCACAGGUGUCCUUUUAUCAGCUGCGUCACUUCAUGCAGUGUACAGAAGACAACCCCAUGUUUGAGGGCAUUAACUGUGAGGUCUUUGAGUCACGCUACCCCACCACCAUGGCUCUCUCUGUGCUUGUUACCAUAGAGAUGUUCAACUCUCUUAACAGUCUGUCCGAGAAUCAGUCUCUGCUAAGGAUGCCACCCUGGGUGAAUAUAUGGCUGCUGGGAGCCAUAAUCCUUUCCUUGUCUCUACACUUCCUCAUCCUGUAUGUGGAGCCUCUACCGCUGAUCUUCCAGGUAACUCCACUGCAUUAUUCCCAAUGGAUUGUAGUCCUCAAGAUCUCAAUUCCUGUUAUCCUAUUGGAUGAGGCACUCAAGUAUAUCUCCCGCCACCACUUAGAAGUUUAACUUUCUCCUCUCAUCUUUAAAAAGGUGAAGAGGAGGAAAGGUACAGGAAGAGUCGGCAGCUGAAAUUCUAGGACAACUUCCUCCAGACACACAUGAACACACGCGCCCACCUGCCUAUUUCCUCUGAUCUUUUAAAGACUGCACCCCAUGCUCACACAUUCACACACACGUCAUCAGACUCCUCAUCAUCAGUCCUCUCGUGUCUCCGCUGCAUGUUCAGCCACCACUAAAACAAGCAGGGCUUGUAGUUUGUUAGUGUGUGUGUGUGUGUGUGUGUGUGUGUGUGUGUGUGUUUGUGUGUGCGUGUUUGUAAGAGAGCGAGACAUUAGGUCUGUGUGUGUGUGUUGUGUGCUAGCAUGUGCAUGGGCCUAAUUCAAUCAUGUCGAUUGUGUGACUGUUUUUCUUUAUCUUGCUUUUUAGCUUUUAAUACUUUCUGUACAUAGUAUAGCAGUUACUGGUGCACUUGAGGGAGAAGGGGGUUUGAGGUUAAACAUUUGUGUAUUACGGGUUAAAUUCACAGGGGGGCGAUGAAUCAUAAUUUGGCUAGACGGAAAUUGAAAAAGAGAGGAUGAAGAUGGUACCAUGGGCGACUUUUAACGUGUGAAUGUUUGUUUGGACAGAAUGGCCAGUUUCUUUAAGUGCUCAACUCCAGUUUCUCUUUUUCUCUCUCCUUUACAUACGGGGUUUCCACCUUCAGUACUGAGAGGUCCUUCUCUUAGCUAUACAUUUCCUUUUAGAUAACUGUUUACACAAGGCCAAACCUGGCAGCAGAUUUUUUUUAUUGCACUUGAAUGUGUAAUAGGCCCAGGAAUUAAUUUUAGCUGUAAAACUUUUUCUUAUUAUUUUCAUGUUGUAAACAAUAUUUAUAUUCUUUCAUUUGUAAACACAAAGUGAGCAUGUGAAUGGAUGUAUCCCAGAGUUCUCCUCCUCUGUCCUGUAGAGUGAACUCCAGUUGAACAACACUAGUAACUAUCUGCUGCAAGUAAAUCGAUCCAGACAUGGAGCAGCCUGUCAUAUGCUUUAAGUAUUAAAAUCAAUGGCAGGUUUUGAAUAUUCUGAAAGAGAAAAGGAGGAAAGAAAGGGAUUUGUUCAUUGACGUGAAGGGCAGACGAGGUCCACAGCAUUGCUUGUUUAACAUUAUCUGACUCACUCCUACACACAAACACAAACACAUUGCCCCCUCAUUACAGAGUGAAGGGCUCUCACUUGAAUGUACUUUCACUCGCUUCUUCCCUGUACCGUUGUAUCCUGGUAAAUCACAGUAAUCACAGCUGUUUAAGAUCUGCAGUCCUUAGCUGCACCUUUUCAUCCUUUAAUACUUGUAUGCUGCCAAAUGGCAUUUUUUCAUUUGCUCUUGUUUUUCGUCCUCCAUAUUCUACAUUUUGGUUGAGUUUGAAAUCGUCGUCAUCAUGAACACACAAACAUCCUUUACGCAGUGGGUCUUACAUGCUUGCCGUACAUGUCCGCAGAGGGAGGACUCUUUACCGCUAGUGCUUUUCUUGCAAUCUUGAUGAAUUCUGCUACUUUUUCUUUCUUUUUUUGUUUUUGUUUUUAAUAAAGUAAUAAUAAUGUAUUUGACUGAAAGAACCCAGGUGGUUUAGUUUGUCAGUUUUGCUGUUAAGGGUAUGAUAUGCCUUCAUUGAUCUGUUGGGAAAUGCUGGUGUGCUGUUUUCAGACAAAUUGGCAAACCAACUACGCCUGUGCCUGGUGUCAUUAUGCUUGCCGUGGUAAAACCGCAGUGUGAAGAGUCUUUGUCCGCUUGCUAGCUAUGAGCAUCCUUUCGCCACAGUCUAGAAUCAUCCGUUUUGCCAAUAAUAAAUGUGAGUGAUGUAAAUGCUAUUUAAAAGAGGCAAGCUCCCUGUCUCACACCUUUAGCUAUUCCAAUGGCAACGUAUUACCAUAUAUCUUUAGGGUCAGCGUACUGACACGAGGCAGCAAGGCCGCUCAUUUUCAUCACACUAGUAUCUGCGCCAAUAGAACGUGUUGGCUUGUACAGCCUUGCUAAUAACUACUGAUCUCUUGAACUCUGUACAGAAGAAAAACAUUGAAAUACCUGAUUGCAUGGAAACUUGUUACUGUAAUUAAUAACCUAUACAGUAUAUUUAAUUUUUUAAUAACGACUUAAAUGAAACAUCACCACCCGGAAGAAAACAGUCCAAAACUACUUCUUUUUUUUCUCUGCAUUCAAGUAACUGAAGAUGGAGAAUAUUUUGUAGAAUAGUAGAGUUUGUUACCGUUGCCGUUAUUGUUACCGUUUGUUUUUAAAGGUUGCAGGGGUUUCUGUGUCUUUUCAAUUUAGCUUAAGAGUUGUAAAAUAAAAAUAAGAAUUGUGCUAAUGAUAAUUUUUGGCAACUAUAAAUGGGUUUGAAUGUCCGAGGACUUGGGUUUUUCCUUUUUUGUCCGUUUUGUUUGUUUGACUGUUCUGGUAAAGGAACAUCGUGUGGUCCAGUCAUCAAUACUGGCUUAUGAAGGGCUUGGUGUGGGUACACGUGCCUCCAGAGAUAUAAAAUGUCUGUGUGUUAUGCAGAAAGUUGGACGUCCACUUUGUAAAUCUUUUUCAAUUCCAUUUACAAAUUCUUUUUGUUGGUGCUUCUGCUUCAUGCCGUUAUCAUCAAACAAUACUGAAUGUUUUCAUUCUGAAACGUACUUGAACUUACAAUCAAAAAAGCAAACAAAAGAUUGUGGUGACGUUUCCCUCCAUUCGCUCUCGAGCACAGUGGUCCUGAGAUGAUCCGUUCGUUGUGGACAGCUGUCUUGUCUUUCUGCCUGCGCACAAACCGGCUGGAGCUUUGCACCCACUACUGAGAAAGAAUUCUCUGUAAACGCCUUGGUAAUAUUAAUUGUGGAUACAUAAUUUUAUAUAUAUGAAAAGACAUGUCAAAUAAAGAUUAUUUAUCUUAUAAUUUA